ACCGCGGCCCGGCCCGGCAGGACCCAACAUGGCGGCGGCGGCGGCGGGCGCUGGGGUCGCGGCGGUCGGGGCUGCCCGCCCUUAGGGCCUCUCCUCUUCGGGCCGCACGGCAACCCCAGCACACUUCGGAGUCAGUUGCGCCCCGCCGCAUCCGACAUGAGGGAAAAGGGCCGUAGGAAGAAGGGCAGGACCUGGGCUGAGGCCGCCCGAACGGUCCUGGAGAAAUACCCAAAUACACCAAUGAGCCAUAAAGAGAUCCUGCAAGUUAUCCAGAAGGAAGGACUCAAAGAGAUCAGUGGGACCUCCCCUCUCGCCUGCCUGAAUGCGAUGUUACACACCAACUCCCGGGGGGAAGAGGGCAUCUUCUACAAGGUGCCGGGCCGCAUGGGAGUCUACACACUGAAGAAGGAUGUUCCAGAUGGGUUGAAGGAGCUCUCCGAUGGCUCGGAAGAGAGCAGCGAUGCCCAGUCCGACUCACAGAGCUCUGAGAACAGCAGCAGCAGCAGCAGUGAUGGGUGCAGUAACAAGGACGGGAGGAAAAGCAGAUGGAAAAGGAAAGUGUCAUCCAGACUGUCGCAGACGUCGUCCCCACAGGCACCCUGCCCCUCGCCCUCCAUCCAAACUGGCAAAGUUAUCUCCUCCUCGCAGAAGCACAGUAAAAAGGCGCUCAAACAGGCCCUGAAGCAGCAGCAGCACAAGCAGCAGCAGCAGCAGCAAUGCAGAGCAGGGAUGCCUGUGUCAUCAAACCAGCAUGUCCUCCUGAAGGCCGUCAAGGCAGCCGGCGAGGCCACGCCUGCCAAGUCUGCUUGGGAAGGAAAGCAGUCAGACGGACGGUCGAACAGCCCUCAGAACUCCACCUCCAGUUCUUCUCCCUCUGUGAAGCUUGAUAACUCCUUGCCAGGGCUGGGGAAGAAACCUUUCCAGAGAUCUGACCGGCUCCAUGCAAGGCAGCUGAAGAGAACCAAGUGUGCCGAGAUCGAUGUGGAAACUCCUGACUCCAUCCUGGUGAACACAAACCUGCGGGCGCUGAUCAACAAGCACACGUUCUCCGUUCUGCCGACAGAGUGCCAGCAGCGCCUGCUGCUGCUGCUCCCCGAGGUCGACAGGCAGGUCGGGGCAGAUGGAUUGAUGAAGCUGAGUGGUUCUGCGCUCAACAAUGAGUUCUUUACAUCGGCUGCCCAAGGCUGGAAGGAGCGGCUGUCAGAAGGUGAGUUUACACCAGAAAUGCAGUUAAGAAUACGUCAAGAGAUAGAAAAGGAGAAGAAGGUCGAGCUGUGGAAGGAACGCUUUUUUGAGAGCUACUAUGGUCAGAGCUCUGGCCUGAGUCCCGAGGAGUCCAGGAGGCUGACCACAAACACCAGCCCUGCCGAGGUGGUGGAUCUGGCAGCUGAGCAGCCGAAGCGCACACCGGCCUCCCUGGCACCACUGAAAGAGGAGGUUGCUCCUCCGUUAGAGCCCAAAGCACAAGUGGUCCAGGAGGCACCCGCGCCGAGAAAGGGAGGAGAGGAAAGGAGAGAGGCCAUGCAGCCCAAACCAGCCCGACCUGCGGAGGCCUCGGGUUCCCCGAGUGGGUGUGUGAUGAAGCCCAGCGAGUGUUCUCUCCCUGUGAAAGAGAAAGUCCAAGGAGAAUCCAUUCAGGAGAAACCACAAGCUGCCGCUAGCCAGAAGGCAGAAGAAGAGAGGAGGCCUGCUGUGUCCAAGGAAGCGGCAGCAAAGGAGACCGUCAGUACCUCAGCUUUGGCCCUGAGCAAACCAAAGAGCCCCGAGGCAGGCGAAGUCAGAGCAAGUGUGAAAAGUCCAGUGACAACUCCAGAAACACCAGAAAAGAAGCCUCCUGUAAGUGAAGACAUGGAAGUCAGUGUUGAAGCUCAUAAGAGGAAGUCAGAGAGUCGCGAAGAAGCUGCAACCACUCCCGAGAAGAAGCUGCGCCUGAUGGAGAGCUGUCAGCACCACCAGACAUUUCAGGCCCAACCUUCGUCCUUUCCUGCUGCUGGGACCCCGGUGCCACGAGUGCCCCCACUCAAGAUUCCCGUUUCCAGGAUCUCCCAGCUGCCAUUUCCUGCAGGCCAGGUCUCUCCCAGGGCUCGCCUCCCGCUCUCACUCACCAGUCCAGGAAGAACAGGGGCCAGAACCCUGGCGGACAUCAAGGCCAAGGCCCAGCAAGCCAAGGCUCAGAGGGCAGCGGCCGCUGCUGCUGCUGCCGCCGCUGCUGCUGCCGCCUCAGCAGGAGGAGCCGUCCCAGGGCCCGGCCCGGGUGGUGGUGGAGGCCUACCGGGUGGUGGGGGAGGCAAGAGUGACGCAGUCACCAGCGGAACUGGAACUGGAGGGAAUGCACUGGAACUGGCAGGAACUGGAAGCGGGGGAGGUUCGAGAAGGUUUCUUCCCCAUUCCCAAAUGGGGAGCCAGGCCACAGACCGGGCACCACCGCACAAUCCUUCUGGAGCACAAUUACAGCAAACAUCCGUAAUGCAGCCCACAACUCCAGCCAGCAAUGCCAGCACCAGCUCCUCCUCUCCAGCAGCAUCGGCAUUAGGGAAAGCCAGCCAGCUGAACCCGAGCCUCCCCAGUGUGGCUGCACACUGGGAUUCGGGCUUCAUGAACACCGGCAGCAGUGCCAAACGAGAGGAAGCACCUUCUGCUCCAGCAGGUCCCUAUCAGGCCUGUGGAGCAUCAGCUGCCAGGGAGGGAGCAGCCUGUCCCACGACAUCUGCAGCAGAUCCCAACGCAGACCUAACCAAGGGAGCCCCUGCAGCCUUCAGAGGCACCAGCUCUGAUGUUCCGACGAGCACAUCUCCUUCCCCUCCGAUGUCCUCACUGACACCUGCCAGCUCAGAAGCCCAGGCCCAGGUCACAUCCACUCCGUCCGUUCCACCCUCCAACGCGCCAUCCGGGGUGCCCGGCCUCAAGUCUCUCACAGGUCUGAGCUGUGCAGCCUUCCCAAAGCCAAGCUCCAGCAUUCCUGCUAACAACCCUUUGGUCACCCAGCUUCUUCAGGGCAAAAAUGUCCCUUUAGAUCAAAUCCUGCCGAAGCCUCUCACCAAAGCCGAGGUGAAGACUGUCCCGUUAGCUUCUCCUGAAGAAAAAGGGGCAGCUGCAGCGCCCAGUGCUGUGAGCAGCACAGGGAACAGAGCCGAGGGUGGGGAAAGACAAUCGAGUUUACCCACACAGCAGCUCGGGAAGAUCUUUUGCCAGAACAGGCCCCUGCCUCACAUUCCAAGGACCUUUCCGCUCCCCUCGGGAAAGGACCCCAGUCUUGACCGGCAGCAGUGCCACGAGACACUCAGCAAAACAACCCAGGAGCAGAUCCUCCAGACUCUCAUCAAGAGGAUCCAGAAGCAGGAUAUGUUGCCAGUCCUUCAGCCUUCACAGCUGAACCUCACACACUCGGGUUUCCAGUUGGAAAACAGCUCCACCAGCCAGCGAUUCAUGCUAGGUUUCAUGGGCAGGAGGACAUCCAAGCCUGCCAUGUCUGGUCAUUAUCUGCUCAACAUCUCCACCUAUGGCCGUGGCUCGGAGAGUUUGAGGAGAAGCUUCUUGAACCCUGAAAGUCGCACAUGCCUGAACAGCCCUGUGGAUGCUGUGAGACCAGAAUACGGGGAAUGUGAGGAGAUGCCUGGCGAUGGCAACAGCAGUGAGGAAGGAGAGGCAGAUGAUGAGAGCAUCAGUGAUGAACGCGAAUGUGUCAGCGUCAAAGAGGAGCCCCUGGCAGCUCAGGCUUCCAGUCAGUGUGAAAAGGAGCAGGUAUUGCAUCGCAUAAAUUCUUCGGAUUACAGCACUCUCACUAAAAAGGGGGUAAAGAUGGAAGCAGCCACGUCCCAGCAAGCAUCAGCCAACAAGGAGAAUGUUCAGAUGUUGGAUGGAACCACGCUAGCGCGAGGUUUCAUUCAAGCUGCUCAAGAGCAAAUGGCACAUGCAAUGAGAGGGAAAACGCCCAGCAAUCCGGAGCUUUUCAGUACUUCCGUCCAGUCCUCAGACUCUGCGCAGCAGCAGCCUCCGUUGCUUUCUCCUCCACACCCUCCAAAGCUCUCGGGUAGUGCUGCAGCACAGCUCCUCGGGCCCAGUUACAGCGGCAUGAUAAAUGUCUCCACCUCCCCGGAUGUGAACCAAGGGUCCCUCAUGACCGGGCUGUCAGAAUGCAAUCAGUUGUCCAGCAGCAUGGGGAACGUCAUGUCCUUCUCCGUGACUGUAACCACCAUUCCCACCAGCCAAGCUAUGAACUCUGGCACCCAUGGUCAGUCCAUCCCUGUUCAAGCCUUUGCGGAAGACAACAGCAUGGAGGAUUCCCCCUCCAAGUGCUACUGCAGGUUGAAAGCCAUGAUCAUGUGCAAGGGCUGCGGUGCCUUCUGCCAUGACGACUGCAUCGGCCCCUCUAAGCUCUGUGUCUCCUGCCUCGUCGUGCGGUAACCGGCAUGGGAAGGGGGGGAAGAGGAUGGCUUGGUUUGGGGGUUGCUUUCGGAAGUACGUUGGGAAGAAACAGGAAUUUACUGCCUUGCACAAGAGACACGUUACUGAAUCAGGAACACAGAGUAGCGUUCUUCUUUCAUUAAAGAAAGAGCACCUUGUACAGUGAGUCGAAAUCGAGCUCAACUGCGUGAAUUGUGACAAGAGUUUGCACUUAAGGAAUUCUGUAAAUAUCUCACAUUAUUUUGUUUAAAAGUAUUUUUUCAGUCUUUUAGGAGUUUGCAUUGGGCCGGCGCUGCCGCUCACUGCCCCCAGCCUGCUGUUCGGCGCAUUUGCCGAGCUCUGCUCCCAAUGGGGGAACGAACCCCGGCAAACCUUGGCCUUUGGUCUUCUCUAAGCAAAGAGGAGAACUGGAUAACCAAGAACUGAAGCGCUUGUGCUCCCUGAUCCCAGAGCACCAGAGUAGGAGCCCUGCAGCGCUCCCUUCGCUGCUCUCCCUUUCAGCUGGACUUUCUCCGUGCUGGAAGGCGUUAGCGUUGCGUCAGCCGUUCUGGCAGCUGCCUUUCAUUUGUGCCGGGCUGAUAACAGAGGCGUGCUGGGUUGUGCAAUACUGGCCGGUGGCUUUGAUGUGCAGGUCCUCUCCUCUUCGAGGAGUUGAUUGCAGUAUUUAAGGAAGGCGAUGACUCGAUUUGCCACUGGUAAAUACUGAAAAAAAGCAACUGCACUAACCAUAGGAUCCCAGAAAUUCCCUAAAGCAACUCAGUAGCCGUGAUUCCCGGUGAUGCCAGGAAUCAUUUAUAGCAGAGAUCACAAGUGUGUGCUGAACUGCAUCUCAUUUCCAACUGCCAGGACUCGGCAGACGCUUGCAUCUGUAGGUGUUUUGCAGGAGCGGGAAGGUGCCAUCCCAUGGACCCACCCGCUGUUAGAGCACAUGGCGCAAGUGAAGCACGCUGCGCACGUCCUUGGGCGUGCUCUUCCUGAGGAAGCUUCCCAUGAUCAUCCCAACCUCCACCACAGUCAGGCAUCUCUGGUUUCCAUAGAUUUUAUAUUUAGCUAAGUGUAGAAAGCAGAAAACCAGUGUCCUGCUGGGCCUUGCCGUUAGCCCACUGGGGUGUCUGUGUUCCUAAAUGCCAAAUCAGGCUGGACUCUGUGUGGGUUUUCUCGGCCGAGGCCCAGGGCUGUGCUGGGGCUGGGGAAGGCACGGCUCCACUCCCUGUGCCCAAUCAGGAGAUCCUGACGGUGAUGCUCAUCCUCGCUUCUGCUGUGCACAGAUUUGUUCACUGGGGUUAACUGAAAUUAAAGCAGUUACAGACUGGCUCUCAGCCAAAGCUGACAGCGGGCUGGCUAAUGAAGCACACACCAGUCUGGAUUGUGAUGUGUCACAUCACCGCCAGGAUCCGAGUGCUCUUUCUCUUCUGAAACGAUGUUGGGUUCGCUCAUCGCAUCCAGUUGUGUCGCUGUUGGGGCGGGUGGGGCCAUGCUGCAUCCCAGUCAGGGAACAGAUCUGCGUAUCUUUGUGAUGGAAAAGCACUGAAUUCACUUUUAAUCCAAAGGCCUUUUUAAGAUGAAGCAAUAUUAGCAGGUGGGACAGCGGUUGCUUGAGCUGAGUCCUCAGCCUUUCUUCCUUCUUCCUUUCCAGCUGUCCUCCUGCUUCCCCCCUUGCCCUCUCCCUCGCCACUGGUAGCGAUCAAGAGUGACUGCCCAUGAAGCCGUGUGUUUCUCCAGGGAGCAGGCAGUGAUUUAUUGGUAUUGAUAAGAGAGUUGCAAACCCGGUCAUGUCCUUGCAGAACUGUUUCCUCCCCAGCUGGCAGAGGCCGGCAUCCUCUGGAGCAGGGUUGGUGUGCAGGGGGCAGCCAAAGCUGCGCCGCAUCUUGGUCUUUGUGUUGCUCAUCUCAAACUCUUUAGGAAGCAGUGACCCAGUGGUGGAAAGGAUUUGAGUACUAGAAAUAAAGGCCACUUUCCUAAUCGAUAACUGAAAUCUCAAAGAAAAACCCUACACAAAGUUCCCCCGAGUUUUUCCAUCACAUUUCUGUGUGCUGGCGGUGAUCAGAGCCCAGGAACAGCCCUGCUCUGUGCAUGGUCCUCUGUCAGGGCAGAGCAGCAGAAGUGGGUUGGCUGCUCCCAGGCACGAUGACAAGGAUAACCUGGAUUCCUGGGCUGAGGUGCGCAGCGGCACGGCUCAGGGCAGUAUCCCAUCACUGCCUCCAUCCAUCUCCUGUUCUGUACAAGGGGUUUCCACCAUCUCCUGUUCUGUACAGGGAGUUUUCACCAUUUUCUUAGGUCUUGGGGUACAGUGUAAAGUGGUUCAGAGCCGCGUGCCUGGGGGAGCUGAGCACAGAGGGCAGGGCUGGUCCAUUCCUCGUUCACUCCAGCCUUGUCUGGGCAUGGAAGAAGUUACAGCAGCGAGAUCCUUAUAGAGAUGCACUUAUUCCCAUCUGAGACAGCUUCCCUGGAAUAAUCCCAUUUAAAGGUUGUUGGAGUUAUAAACUGGACUGAAGAAGUCAUCUUUCCCUCAGAUAAGAGGUUUUGCUGAUGUAGCUGGAUCCAUUUGGCUCCCACCUUGGCUUCUGUCUGGGCAUUUUUAGAAUCAUAGAAUCACCAGGUUGGAAAGGACCCACUGGAUCAUCGAGUCCAACCAUUCCUAACACUCCCUUAAACCAUGUCCCUAAGCACUUCAUCAACCCGUUCCUUAACACCUCCAGGGAAGAUGACUCGACCACCUCCUUGGGCAGCCUGUUCCAGUAAUGAUGAGGCUGAUGAGGCUGUUUGGGACAGAGAAGGAGCUGAGGAGGGAGCAGCAGGCUGGGAGCUGCCAGCUUGCUCGUAGCGCUCACGGGCUUUUCUGCCAGCUGCCGCUUGCCAGGGCUGUUCCAUUGCUCCAGGCAGCAUUUUCCAAACCAUCACUUGCUGUGGUUCCAGCUUGUUCCUCCCUUUGGAUUUUGCAAGCAUCCCCUGUCAUGCGUGGGCUGUUUCCUGUGCCACAGGCACCUCCGAAGUGCAGGGAGCUGCUGUUUCCCAAGCUGCACACAACCACACCGAUCUCUGUGGCUCCCGCCCUGUACAGGACAGUGCAGGCACCUUGCAUGGAACUUGGAAGUUUACAGCUCCGUUCAGUGCCUUAGUUCUAUUUUAAUGGAUCAGCACUUUCCUCAGGCUACUUUUAUCCCAUUUCUUUUUAAGAGAAUAACUUCUUUUAGCUGCACGUCUUUGAUUUUGACACACGCUGCGAGCUUCUAGGGGCAGCUCGAUGGAGCGGUCUCCAGGGGUUGCAGGAGGGCAUUAUGUAGUUUGGAGUGACUGGAAACACUGGGGCUCCGUAUAAUAAUUGCUGUAAGCCCAGGCCAACAUAAAACCUCGGGAGUCGGUGUGUUCCGCAGUGCUGGGUAGAGAGGGAAAUGUUUUAGACAGGGGAAAUGCUGCAGCCCAUGUGGGAGCGAUCCCUGUGUGGCUCAGCCCGCUGCUGCCUCACUGCUGAGGCUCUGCCGGCAGUUGCCACUCUUCUCAUCAGCCGGCCUUCCUGCUGUUCCUUCCAGCAGGAUAAUAACCCACCUUCACACUGGAUUUAUCAAUAGAAGCGGUGUCAUGGCAUUGUUUGAAGCAUUAGACUGGUUCUAAGCGCUACAGUAAAUGCUUCCAUAAAGCCUUGAGAUGAAAGGUUCUCAGUGUUUGUGGCAGCAAAAGCAAUUUGAGUUGGAGAAGAUUCUUGAAUUUAAACCUUCCCUUCUAGGCCACAUCCAGGUCCUGCAGCACAGGAGCCAGAAGUACAGCCUGAUCCAUGGAAUUCAACUUCCCAGUGCAAACCUCAGUGCGAGUUGUGGUAGUGGAACAGCGAGCAUGACUGUCUGAGGGAGCUGAGGUUUGGAGACUGGCAGCAUAGGGAGGGAACGUUAGGUGCAGUUUUAAUGUCCCUUCUUAAAUCAAAAGCAAAGAGCAGGGUGCGCCGUUAACACCAGGCAGCAGAGCUGGGUCUUUGCUGCGGUGUAAGAAAUAGUGGAAGAGGUGGCACAUUCCCGGUCAAGUCGUUUUUCACUCUGGAGCUUUGCGUGGGCUCAGUUGUUGGAAGCCACCACAGCCGUCAGCUUCUGGCUGUGCCGUGGUGGCUCCACCGGCUUCAGGAGGUGGCGGAAGGUGCGGGAGGUGGUGGAUGGUGCUCAGCUCUCCCAGCCAGGGUUGGCAGGGUUGUCACUGGCCUGAGCUUCCUGAAUCCCACGGCUGAAAUCAUGGCUGCGGGAGGGAAGUGAUGGCACAGGCGCUGAGCAGGGAUGAGCUGCUGCGCUGGGGAGAAGAGCAUUCCCAGGAUCCUGCUGGGGGCAGCAAACCAGGGGCCAGGCCUCUGCAGCAGCUCCCAGCAGGAUCUCUGGGGGGAACAGCUGGAGCACCUCUGGGAUGGUCUCUCCAGAACUGUCUUUGUUACCUAGGAUGUUUUUUAAUGCUAUACGUUUGAUAGAAGCGAAGAGCAAUUUUAAGAGCUUACAGUAAUAUAUUUUAAGUAAUAUAUAUUUUAGUACCUGUAAAAAGCAACGGACAAAGGCUGGGGGGCGGCCUCGAAACAGGGUACUGGGAGCAUGGGGUUCUCAGCCAGGAUGAGAACAGCUCUGCGAGCCGGAGAGUGGGAAUGAUGCUGUUUGUUCCAUUAAUGCAAUAAAAAUGGGAAUUCUUAGCAAGAAGAAACCCAGUGCUGUUCACCAGGGACUUUUCUGGUUGUAACAACCAGCCUGGAAACAGCUUUGAAAAUUCUAAACCUUUGUCUGUCUUUUGCCUUUUUAAAAGGGACUUAAAUUGGAAUAGAGGGUAUGUACAGAAAAAUCAAGUUGACACCAUUUUAAAAUGUAUUUUUACACAAAUAAUAUAGAAAAAUCAUAUUUUACCUAAGAAUUUUAAGUAUUUGAAAUGUAUAUAUAUACUGUAUGUAUUUCAUAUAUUCUUUAUUUUACAUUUUCGAUGUAUUAAAAGUAUUUGCGCUGGCUGGGUUUGAGCAUGUGAUGAUGUUUAAAGAAAGGAAAAGCAAAGGAGAGGGAGAGAGGAGGGGAGACUUGCAUGGCUGCAGGGGAGCAGAGCCAGCAAUUUGGGAGCAAAUGGAUUGUGGGAGAGUUUAGAGGAUUUAGAGGAUACAGAACAUUCUUCAGCCCUGUUUGUGAUUCUGUUAAUAACUGUUCAUGUAGCUGCAUAACCCCCUGAAUAACCCAUUGGGAGAGGAGAAGUGGAGGGGGACUGUGUCUACAGGCACCACACCCGGCAUUGCCAGAGAUGGGCUGGAACUGGUGCUGCUCACCCACACCACCACCAGAAGCUGCUCAGUUCUGCUGUGCCACUGGAAUUCUAAUAAAUAGCUGUAUUUCUGGUGUGAACAUCUUACAGUGCAUAUAGGGAAUUCCAGCGGUGCACCAAAAGUCAACGAUUGCCAGGAAACACUAUCAAGGCAGGGGUUUUUGUUCUUUAAAUUGUAGGAGUUUGAGUGAAAAUCUCCCUAUAAAGGAUGCUGCGUCUUUGCAGCUAUCGGGGAUUCUCACCAGGAACGGGAUCCUAGCGAUGCUCCUCUUGAGCAGCAGUUAUCGGACAUGUUGCCAGCCAAGGGGAGCAGAUCGGGAGGGUGCAGUGCUGUAGGGUUCAGCCGCGAUGUGCAGCGCUGUGUCCCAUUUUCCGCUGCCUCCGGGCACUGCUCCGUGGAGCCGUAUAUUGGAAUAAACAGCACCUACUGCUUGAGACGCGGGGAGCUGCAGCCUGGUGGUAAUUGCUGGCUGAGGUUCCGCAUUGGUAGAGAGAACACGGAUCCCUGCUGCAAGGGGGGCAGCCCCACAGCGCAGCAGCCCUGUACUUCCCUCAUCCCCUUUUCUAUGCCCAGUUUGGCUUAGGUGAAUCUCAAAUGAGAUUUACGCUGUUCCGCUUACUCCAGCCAGCAGCUGCAGGAAUCCCGUACACAAACCAGGGGUGUUUGCAGCAGCUCUGGUGCUGGGACACAGCGGGAGGGGAACUGUGGGGAAAGAAGAGGCAUUAACAAGUCAGGCUUUAAAAGAACAAACCCGCAACCUGGAAAGGGGCUGAGACUGUUCUACUGUCAGAAUUAUUAUCAGAGUCCCUUGAAAAAGCAGAACACGUCCCCUGGUUCUUAGGCCAAAGCUGCCGUUGCCGGGGCGAGGGGGCUUCCACUCUGUAAAGUCUGCACUAUAGGAAACACCACUGUUCAGGGGGUGCACAUGGAAUCCGUCCGCGGCUGUGCAGGUGUGUGUGCCCACAGCUGAGCAUGAGCCCAGCUUCAUCCCAGUCUCCUGUGAUGGUACACCCUACAGUUACCACAGACCCGAGAUGGAAUUACAGCUUGGGUGUUUCUUUUCAUAUUUAAGAUAUAUGAGUUGGACACAGCCCGCAAUAGCGAUGUGUUCUGAGCUGCUGCACUUUUUAAACAAGCAUUCCUGUCCCCUGGUACUGCUGCAUCUCCUGUUCCUCCCUGUCUCUGUUUCAAACUGAAACCCAGCUGGUCCCUCAAACCAUUCAGUUCAGACUUCCUAGAUGCUGCAUUAUAGAUUUUAUAGGGGAGAAGCUGGGCCAAGAGUGGAGCUUGCAGAGGCCAGACUGUGGGGAUCCUCCGGAGCUGGAGGGGAAUGCGCUGUGAAUGCCACUUGACUGUGCCCAGCUGACAGGGUUGUGGCUGUGCCGUCUGUGCGGAUGCUCAGCCCACCUGAGCCACGAGGGGACAGCGGCACCUGAGCCUCAGUGGCAAAGGAGUCGGCAACAACUCCUUUAUCCCAUAUCCAGAGGGGUUCUAAGGAUUCACCCACAAAGAGCAACAGCGCUCCUUCUGUUACCGCAGAUCUCCUGGGCUGUUGUAAGCCCAGAGCCCAUCACUGUCCACCUGCGAGGUCAAAUUUAAAUAAGAAAUGUAGCGAAGUUUUACAGAAAAAGCAAUUGUAGAUCAGGAACGUAACUGCUGCGCAUUUCAAACCUGCGGGGCUCGUCCCAGCCAGUCGCGAUAUGGCAGGGCUUGGCCGUGUGUUUGGCAAAGCGGCUUUGUCACCCAGCUUUUACUCGUUCUGCUGUACAAGAUUCCACCUUGGCUCCUCACCAGCAUCGCGAGGGAGCUGAGGCGAGCGGAAGCCAGCUUGUUCCUAUCUGGUCACACGAGGAUCCGUGUGCCCAUAGGAAAUAGCACUUUGACAAGCAAAGCCUGCCCUCUGGCUUCUGUCUUAGUGCAGAUUCUGUUCCUCUGCCUCUCACCUAUUUUUGUCAUGUAAAACUACCUGCUUUAUAAAUGAAUGUAAAAUACAGUAGUUCAGCACAUGGACAAAUGUGUAUUUUAUCUCAAUGUUUCCUUUUAUGGUCAAUAAAAAGCAUA